AUGCCUUCCUUUGGACUCCUCACCGCCUUCGCCUCCCUCGCUCUUGCGACAUUCACCUCGGCCGCUCCUGCCCCAGGUGGUGACCACCACCAUCACGACUACUCACUCGCUGAGGUCGAGGCUGUUGUCGACGCCGUCGUCAAGAAUGUUAACGUCGCAAACGUGAAGCAAGCUCGUCAUGAUCUUGCGGAUGUUGAUGCUGUCGCCCUCGUCGGAGCGAAAAACAUUAAUGCCCUUAACGUCCACCAGGCUCGCAAUGAUGCCAUUGACGUUGAAGCCGUCGUCAAAGCCGUGUUGCAGAAUAUUAACGUUGCCAACGUCCACCAGGCCCGCGAUGCGAAUGUCGCUGAUUUGACCGCUGUCGUGACUGCUGUUCUUGAAAAGAUCAAUAUCUUGAACUUCAACCAGGCUCGCGAUCUCAUCGACGUCGAUGUUAUCGCUGACAUUAUCUUGAAGCACAUCAACGUUUUGAACUUCACCCAAUCUCGUCGCGACGUCGUGGACAUCGAAGCUCUUAUCAAGGCUAUCGUCUCUGAUAUCAACGUCCUCAACUUCAACCAGUCACGCCAGCUUGGGGGGGAUCUUGUGUCUCUUGACUCUGUACUUGCUGGGCUCGCUGGGGCCAAGCGUGAUGGCCACGAUAUCGAUCUUGCUGAUGCCGCGGCCAUCGUGGCAGCCACUUUAUCGAGCGCCAACGUCGGCAACGUUAACCAGGGCCGUGGAGAGCCGCGCAGCCUGCCUGCCAUACUCAUCGACGUCACGGCCAAGGUCACUCCUGCUUGCCAAAGGCUCGGUGCUCUGGUUGAUGUCGACAUCUCUGUCGAGGUUGUUGGUGGCAUUUGCAAAGAGAUCUCGAAUGUCCUCGUAGAGGCCACGGCCGAAGUGAAGCUCCUCGUUGGCCUUCCUCUCGACAAGGUCCUUUUCCUAUCUGGCAAGGUGUUGGCCCUCGUCGACGUUGCUAAGCUCGUCGCCGACCUCCUUUGCCUUGUCUUGGGUGCCCUUGCCGCGUGCUUGAAGCUUGUUGCUGCCGCGAAGGUUGCUGUCAUCUUCCCUCUCCUCUCCGCCGUUGGUAUCCUCGUGUGCAACUUGGUUGCUACGAUCUUCAUCGCCGUCCAUGGCCUCCUUCCUUUGGUCCUGGGCUUGAUCUGCAAGAUCGUUCCCGCUCUCUUCCGCCUCAAGCUCUGGGCUUUCGUGGCCGUUCUUGGUCUAUAA